AUGGCAACGCCCGAGGCCGAGACCGCGACGCAGACAGGGACCGCGGUCGGCGACCAGGAGACGCCGAGCCAGUGGAAGAAGGUGACGACGCAGGAUGCGUACGAGGCUCCGCGCGCCGAGAGCCCGAAGAAGCUCGUGCUCUGCAGCUUUGACGAGGACGAGACGCAAAUCUGCUUUCGCUGCAUGUCCCAAGAAGACUACCUCUCGCAGACCGUCGAUGCCAAGCGCAAGACGCUCAUGACGCUCGAAGAGCGCAAGCUCAUCAUUACGAGCCAUCGCCCAGACGACGCUGAUGGCGACGACGACGAGAGCGGCAACGAGUCCGAGGACAUGUGGGUCGGUGGCACAAGCUUGCUCGCGCACUGGGAGACCGAUGUAUACAAGUCCAACGAGCGGCAAAGCCAAGUCAUCAGCGAGCUGCCCACAUGGACGCCGUCGGCAGCGUUCACGCCCACUAACCCCGUCGCGAGCGACACUGAGACCAUGGCCAGCGAGGACGACGACGAUGCAGCGACCGAGACCAACAGUGCGAUGGCGUCAGAUUCAGAAAAGACAGCGUCGCCGCCGACAGAGCCCCUCGAGCUACCAAAUGACGAUCUCCCGAGUGCAGACGAGCCGAUACAAACCGAGCCCGUCGACCUGCCAGGCGUCACAGCCCCGACCGCCGACGAGCCUAUGCACACUGAGUCCACGCCCACGACGCCAAUCAUCUCAGAGAUCCAUGCUGAGCCGCUUCCGGCACGAGAGAAGAGCCAGGACGAAGCGACCGAAGGCCUCUCGUUCCACGAAAAGCUCCUCGCCGCGUCGCACAAGGCCAAGAAUCCGCCGGUUCCCAAAGCUAAAAAAGGCCAGAAGCGGCCUGCCGCCUCGGACGAGGUGUCGUCCUCAUCGCCCAAGCGGCCACGCGCCUCCAAAGCCAAGGUCCCUCCAGUGGCCGACACUCCACAAGCGCCCGUGGCAGAUGCCAAGCCCAAGCGAAAAGCUGCCCGGCGAACCGCGUCCUACACUGAGAGCGAAGUCUUUGAGGCGUCGCAAUCGAUGGAGCGGCCGCGAGCAACGCGACGCCUCUCCGAGACCGAGUCGUUUCCCGAGUCAUUGGCGUCGACAGAGCUCUCCGCGGCGAGUAGCACCCCCGAUGCGAUUCGCAUUGUGCUCACGGGCAUUGAGCCGACCGAUGCCAUCAUGCGCAAGAUCCGAGCAAUCAAAGGCGCUGUGUUUGAAGACGACGUGACUAAAGGCACCCACUUGGUGUCGAACGAGCUCAAGCGCACCGUCAAAUUGCUUUGUGGCAUCUCGUGCUGUCUCCACAUCCUCGACGAAGCAUGGUUGCGCGCGUCGGCCAAGAUGCGGCGGCCCGCAAACGAGAUCGAGUUUAGUCUCCGGGACGCAGAGAAGGAAGCCAAGUGGGGAUUCGAACUCGAGCACACCAUGUACGACUGCAGCUUGGCGUCACGCCAGUCUUUCUUGGCAGCCCACACGUUCUACAUCACACCCCAUGGUGACGUCAAACCGCCGAGCACCGAGCUUGAGAAGAUUGUCCGGCUUGCGGGCGGCCGAGUACUGGCCAAGCCCGAGCGCGGCUGCAUCGUCAUUACGGCACCAAAAGCGAUUGCGACCAAGGCGAUGCAAAAGAAGAUCCAGCUCGCAGCGCACGUGUGCUCGACGGAGCUCAUCUUGCACGGCGUCUUGACGCAGCGCCUCGACGUGGCGGCGCACGCGUUGCCGUAG